AUGAUUGAAGGGGUUCAGCAGGCGUUCAACAAGGUCGGCGGUCGGCCCCAAACCCCUUUCUCGUAUGAGAAUCAAAAGGGUAUUUGUUCCAUGUUCGACUUAUUUGGCAUCGACCAAUCAAAGCUCAUCACAAUGUUAGUGAGAGAUCUGGAGAGUAUAUCGAGGGACGGCUUUAUCGACCACUUUGGGGAUUGCUUCCAGCGACUUCAACCUGCACUGGACAUGUUUAUUGAAGAACUGGCAUCUUAUGCGCCUGAUUGUGAGUUCGAGAUGCUGAGGAGAAAGGACCAGCUUGAGGUUGGGUUGAGUAGUGCAUUGGGAAGGGUGCUGGACUAUCGGGCAGGACAUCCCCCAGACCGCAUUCCUCUGUCAUGAGACUGGUGUCAUCAUCUUGGCUCUUUUUUACAAUUAUGACUUAUCAACUUGAUCUUAAUGGCUGCUGGGCUUCUGUCCGAUUUGACGACUCGAUAAUGGAUCAAACCGCAGUGAGGUUGUGGCUCGGUUGGCGUUCAUGGAUUACAACCAGUCACACUUUGAUAAGGGAGCGAACCCUAUCUGUGAGCACACAGAUGUGUAAAUUAUGUAGGGGGAUUAUGCUACUACAAAAAACGAAACAUACAAGACAUUUGAGAGGAGCUACGACAUCGGAUACUUCAGACUGUAGCUCACACUGAGC